UCUCUCGCGCCGACGUCGACGUUGCUUCGCUGGUGAAUGGGGUUGGAGAGGAGGGUGAAGGUGGCGGAUGUGGCGCUGCGGUGCGUGGUGUGCGGGCUGGCGGCGCUGGCGGCGGCGCUGGUGGGCACCGCCAGCCAGACGAGGACGUUCUUCUCGCUGGAGAAGAAGGCGAGGUUCACGGACAUGAGGGCACUCGUCUUCUUGGUGGGGGCGCACGCCGCCGCCGCCGGGUACAGCGUGCUGCAGCUGGCGCGGUGCGCGGCCAUGUCGGCCAGGGGCCGGGGCGGCGGCGGCGGCAGGGCGGCGGUGGCGUGGUCCGUGUUCACGUGCGACCAGGCCGUGGCGUACGCGCUGAUGGCGGCGACGGCAGCGGCACUGCAGUCGUCGGUGCUCGGGAAGCGCGGCCAGCCGCAGCUGCAGUGGAUGCCCAUUUGCGGCCUCUACGGCGCCUUCUGCCGCCGCGUCGGGGAGGGCCUCGCCAGCGCCGUCGCCGCGGGCCUCGCCUCCGUGCUCCUCGCCGCCGUCUCGGCGUUCAACCUGUUCCGCCUCUACGGCGGCAAGGGCAGCAGCAGCACCGCCUCCACCGCCGGCAAUGGCGCCGCCGCGACGUGGUAGGCAUACAGCUAGCUCGAACCGAUCGUUGGUGUAAACCUCAUCUUGCCGUCGUCGUUGCACCUUUCUUUUUCGUAGCAUCAAAAUCAAGCGAAAAUGGCUCGAUUAAUUAAUAAUAUUUGUCAAUACUGUAAUAUAUCAGUAGUAUCGUUGGCGAUGAUGAUAAUUGAGUGGUGUUAAUUGUCAAAUAAAAAAGAGGAUAAACCGCGUACCAAAUGCGGAUUAAAGAGAGGUUAAGGUUGGUGUCGGCAUCAACA